UGUUCGCUUGGGCUCCGGAGGCAGCCAACGCCGCCAGUCUGAGGCAGGUGCCCGACAUGGCGAGUGCUGUGCUGCCGAGCGAAUCCCAGUGUGCGGCGGCAGCGGCUGUAGCGGCGGCGGCGCCUCCUGGGCUCCGGCUUCGGCUUCUGCUGUUGCUCCUCUCCGCCGCGGCGCUGAUCCCCACAGGCAAUGGACAGAAUCUGUUUACGAAAGACGUGACAGUGAUUGAAGGAGAAGUUGCAACCAUCAGCUGCCAAGUCAAUAAGAGCGACGACUCUGUGAUUCAACUCCUGAAUCCCAACAGGCAGACCAUUUAUUUCAGGGACUUCAGGCCUUUGAAAGACAGCAGGUUUCAGUUGCUGAAUUUUUCUAGCAGUGAACUCAAAGUGUCAUUGACAAACGUCUCAAUUUCUGAUGAAGGGCGUUACUUCUGCCAGCUCUACACUGACCCCCCACAGGAAAGUUACACUACCAUCACAGUCCUGGUCCCACCGCGUAACCUGAUGAUCGAUAUCCAGAAAGACACUGCCGUAGAAGGCGAGGAGAUUGAAGUCAACUGCACUGCCAUGGCCAGCAAACCAGCUACAACCAUCAGAUGGUUCAAAGGGAACAAAGAGCUCAAAGGCAAAUCGGAGGUGGAAGAGUGGUCAGACAUGUACACUGUGACCAGCCAGCUGAUGCUGAAGGUGCACAAGGAGGAUGAUGGGGUCCCAGUGAUCUGUCAGGUGGAGCACCCUGCUGUCACAGGAAACUUGCAGACCCAGCGCUAUCUAGAAGUACAGUAUAAGCCUCAAGUGCAUAUUCAGAUGACUUACCCUCUGCAAGGCCUGACGCGUGAAGGGGACUCGCUUGAGUUAACAUGCGAAGCCAUCGGGAAGCCCCAGCCCGUGAUGGUGACUUGGGUGAGAGUGGACGAUGAAAUGCCUCAACAUGCUGUACUGUCUGGGCCCAACCUCUUCAUCAAUAACCUAAACAAAACAGAUAACGGCACGUACCGCUGUGAGGCUUCAAACACAGUGGGGAAAGCUCAUUCGGAUUACAUGCUGUAUGUGUACGAUCCCCCCACAACUAUCCCUCCUCCCACAACAACCACCACCACCACCACCACCACCACCACCACCACCACCAUCCUUACCAUCAUCACAGACACAACGGCGACGACAGAACCAGCAGUUCACGGCCUUACUCAGUUGCCCAAUUCCGCAGAAGAACUGGACAGUGAGGACCUCUCAGAUUCUCGAGCAGGUGAAGAAGGCUCAAUCAGGGCGGUGGAUCAUGCCGUGAUUGGCGGUGUCGUGGCCGUGGUGGUGUUCGCCAUGCUGUGCUUGCUCAUCAUUCUGGGCCGCUAUUUUGCCAGACAUAAAGCACCCACAAGUCUCUGGCUCUGGCGCCCUUUGUCUCACCACUCACCCGCAGCAGCCGUGGGAUCUGAGAAGCAGCAGUGCCUGCAGAAGAGGAAGGAAGAGAACGCUGCCAAAUACAGAAGAGCUCCCGGGACGCCAGCUGCUGACCGCUAAGAGCAGGUCCACCACCGGGGUGCUCCAGAGACAAGACAGCUGUGUUGGAGGUCACCACUGCCAUCAGCAUGAGGGUGGGGUCCUCCCGUCCCCAUGCAGCACCCCCUUAGCGAGGCUGGCUUCAGCCCGGAAGCCCGCACACCAUCACCACGCCCUGGCUUUCUCAACCCAGCCCUUAGUUAGGGACCACUGGGUGUGACACUCCCUUUGAUAGGUCAAGGAGUGGCUUCGAAGUCUCAAAUGUUGGCUGCAAGAAAGAAGCCACCGCAGGGUUGCAGCUCUCAGACUGUUUAUUCAAAUGCACUUCAAAAGCCAUGUAUCUCCCCAAUGGUGCCUGCAAAGCAAGGUAGAGAGCCCCGCUUUCCGCACUGGCCACAUCUCUCUCCCUUCUGCUGUAGCUGCAGCCAUGCAUACCCCCAGCCGAGUCCCACCACUCCCCCACUGUUUUCCUCCUCAGCUUCUAAAUGGAAGCCAUUAAUCAUACUAAAUUGUGCAAUGAUUCCAAGAUAGGGAGAAUGCUGAUGGCAAAAAUCAUUCUCCUUUGUUGUGCCAGGCAGGCAAAAGGCAGAAGUAUUAGCUCGCUGCCCUGCCUGGCUUCUUGCAAAUGCUGACCAUGUGUUUGCCCACGCAGCUGCCUCUAUGCGCACAGCUUAUUUUAGCAUUGGUCUCGGGCAUCCCAACUGUUGACAGAAAACAAGGCGCCCAUCUACUUCUUUCUGAUUGUGAGGACUGCUGGGAAGACUUGUAACUGGGGCACGCCCCUCCCCUGCAGUCUUUCCAUCUCAAGGUCCUCAGAACCAGGGAGGGCUAGUGCGGGCUCUCCACAGAAAACCCAAGGUGGGCUCAGAUGGAGUGAGCUGGUAAAGUAGGCUGUGCCCCCUCCCCACCCACACACACUUCUGCCAGCUGGGUUGCAGAAGCAGCCAGGUGUGGGUACCAAGGAGGCUUUUUGCCUUUCAGAAUUUGAUGUGUGCUUCGCUUUCGACAAGCCUCUUUGUAAGCCACCCCUUCUGAAUUAGAAUCAUUUUCCAAAAGCUCUUAAGCUAUGAUUAAUGCCAGGGCUGUUUUUAACAAUCAUCCUGCCAGUCUUAAGCUGUAGUCAUUUUCAAUAAUUUGGAGUGCUCAAAGGCAAGCCAGGAGUUUGUUGACAACAAAACCCACAAGAGCACAGCCAGGCCGCCACAAAAGAUGGAAAAGCAAAGGGACCAUUUGGGCUUAGCUGGCUUUCUGCUCCCAGAGUUGCACCACUAAAAGUUUGAUUGAAUGCUCACAAUGCAUUAAGGAUCCAACUGUGAACAUGGCUUGGCGAGGGGGCUGCCAGCCUGCCUUUUGUGGGAACAAAUGAGCAGCAUGUUUGGAGGGCUCCUGGUUUAUUUAUGGACAUGUGCACUUCAUUCAUGCCAUCCCAAACUAGAGCGCUCUCAUUUGUCUUCCCUGUGCCAACACUGAAGACUAAGAAGUGCCAUUGCUUUGCUGUGGGGCUGUUUACUUGCCACAAAUGCCGAGCAAGUCUCUGGCCAAAUUUUGGGAUUCCUUCCCCGUGGAUGGGCCCAGCCAUCUCCUCAGCCAUGUGUACUAAACUUGUCCCUCUAGUCUUGGUGGUUGCAUGCUAGAGUGUCCAUCUGUUUGAAAAGCCCAAAUUAAAGGAAGCUAUGCAAUGUCCACGAUUUGACUUCGGAUGGCUCUUACUUGUAGCUCAUGACUUCCCCUGGCAGGAAAGGGUCAGGCCUGGGUGACAGGAGUUUAACCCAAGGAAUUUGGCGUGAUGGAUAGAUAUUUGUGUCUCAAUUCAACCCUGCCACCGCACUAGCUGUCAUGUAGGGUGUGUUGUUAGCCAGGGAGAAUACAGACUUGUGGUUACAGCUGGUAACUUUCUUUAGCUGACUUCCAAUAAACUCCCUUCAACUAUGAGUCACAACAAGAUUCCCAGUUCCGGCCUCAACGCUGCGACCUUAGUGAUAUCAAUCACAUCUCUCCCUCUGCCCCCUCCCCACUCCCUUUUCCUCCUCCCCCUUCUCUCUCUACUUCAAGCUCUUUCUUUUGAAGCAAAAUAGCAGACUACUAGUGGCUGCUCUUUAGAGCAUUAUUUCUAUCUUAGCCAAGGCUGCCCCAAACAAAUACCAUAAUGUACCAGAGACUCUGCAAGUCCCCAGUUUACCCUUCUCAUAAGAGCAUUGCUAGGUUUUUUUGGCAACUUCUGAAAGGCAUCAGUGGGACAUCCUCCUGCCUAGCAUGGCGUAUGCAAGGUCAUGAAAUACGGGGGAAAUGCACUUCCUGCUUCCCUUCUUUUUCUUUUCUGAGUUAACAGCAUCAUCAGCCCAAACCAGAAGCCGCGGUGCCCUUCUCAUCCCCUCUUCUACUUCCUUCCAACUGGCUGCCAGCCCCCGCCCACUGUCCUUAAUGCUUCUCAAGCUUGACCCAAACUCAUCACUGCCAUGGCAUUUGCCUCAUCCUGGCCCGGAGAGGAGCCUUCGGCCAGAGGAGUGUAACAUCCUCUUUCCUGGCUUCCCUGUCCCUGUCCCCCAGCCCAUUAUCAGUCCUAAACCAAGUGUGCCAUGUCUCUCCCCUGCAUGGAAACCACCCCGGGCUGACAUUUGACUGCAGAAUAAACCCAAAUCCUAACAGCCUGCAUCAGCUCAGUCCGGGCCUUCAGGCUCACCCUGUGAAACCGCACCCCUCAUGCCCAGACCCCGAGCUUCACCCUGUAACCCAGGAGCUCUGUUUCAGCACCAUCCACACCUCUGUGCCUUGGAGUACUCAGGGGCUAUCUUUCUCCCUUGAGGUGGAUUCAGGUUGUUUCUGUGUUUUUUCGGUCCCUCAUACUUGCCUCUCAAUUUGUGUCCUUAUCCCUUAUCUAGACUGUUUGUUUACCUACCUGUCUCCCUCAAUAACACAGGAAAUUUCUUGAGCGUAAAGACUAGAUCUGACCCAGCUCUGUAUCUCCAAAGCCAAGAGCAGUAGCUGGCUCUUUGCUCAAUAAAUUAUGGAAAAAUGAGAUUUUUUUUUCAUCUAUAGUUGGAUGGGUCUUUCAUCUGCUCAUCACUUUCCUAGAAAUAUCCUGGUAAGACCUGGCCUUUUCUCACUAGAAGUUUUAAAGUUUCUCAAACUCCCUCUCCUGCUGUUAGAUUUUCACUCUGGCUGAAUUUUGAUUUUGUUUCUUUUUGUCAUGGCCAGUGUUAUUUUUUCCUAUCCGUGACUUGGUAGGAUGUUUUACCCAUGAAGGUCCGUGUAUACACCAAAAAUCUUUACAGGAUCUGUGAACACAUUUGAGACCCAGAAAGAAAAAAUGGAAGUUCCAAAUUCCAGGGAAGACCAGUAAACUGUCAGAUCAGACUAAUUAGAUGUUUCAUUAACUGUAUAAAAUCAUAGCGCUGUCAACUAGCCCGCAAACUGCAACCAAGCUGGUAAAUAAUCAGGUAUAAAAUAUAUUCACUGCAGGGUUGUCAUGUAUUCGAUACAGUGCGGAACAGCGCCUCUGGGCAUUGAAACUGUAGGCCCUGCAAAAGUUUUAAAACUGCUCUAUCCUUUCUGGCUCUCUCCCCUUCUGCUGUCUGAAUCUUAAGCCCAGCCCUGAGCUCAUAGCACAGGUUCUGAAGGGACAAGACCUGCCUAGUGGGCAGCCCAGAGGAUUUCCUGAGCCAUUACCUCCCUCCUGGAAGGCUGACACUUCUCCAGAACCUGACAAAUGCACUUUAGAGGCUCAGGAUGGAAACCUGAGCUGCUCCCAAUCUGCAUAGAGCAUUUUAGACUCUCAUUAGCGGCUAAUUCUUGUGGGUUGAGCAGCGGCAAUCUGCAGAGAUGUCUGACCUGCACCCCCAGCUUCCAAUCUGUCCAGCAAAUUGUUGGGGUGGACACCCUGGUUCUUGAAGGGCAGGUGGCUCUCUGACCUGCUGCUGUUUUGCAGCUUUGGGUUUUUGUUUUGGUGUGUGGGAGGAGAAGGAGAGCUGGUGGUGAUGAGCUCCAACUCCAGGAGCCCGCAUUCAUGAGCAGUAUUUCCAGCUGUGCCUCUGAUUCAGCCGGUGACCUUGGGCAAAUCGCUUCCUCCCUUGGCUGGCUCUCCAUCUACAAAGAGCUUCCAUCUCAAAUUGUUUGGAGUUAUUUGUUUGUAAAGUGCUUUGACAUCUCAGAUCUAAAGUACAGUAAAGAGCAAAAAAAUAUUGCUGUUGUUUCAUUUGAAAUCCCAAAUAAAAUGUGUUGCUUGCUCUUGAGUUGAAAAUUUAAAAGCUUGUAAUAAUUGAUAACUAAUUCCACUGUAGCUUUAUGGUGUCCUCGCCAUCCUGGGAUCGUCUACUUUUUACCCUUUUUCUUUAAAAAUAAAUAAAGGCUCUUUUGUGAAGAACA